UACUCGCCAUACUUGAUGGCUUGAUGGCCUUGACCGUUUCGCCGAAUGUCUUAUGGCAAUUCCUACUACCGCCAGAAGCACCUCGGACUACCGUUCCCCCUCUCUCUUUCUUUUCUCCUUCUUCCAUUCUCUUCUUUUCCUUUCCCUCUCUGAAAACCAUUCAAGUCCGAUCUCUUCAAAUCAACAUCAAAUUCUCAUUCAGGUGACCCCGCCAGAGAUCAACCAAAUCCCAUGCAGGCAUGGGACGACUUCCCCAGAUCCAGGCAUGGGGGAAAAAGGCUUAUAGCUGCUGGGCCGUGGUGUAAGAACAUACAUUGUUGAACCGCCAAGUCAUGUACCGUCCGUCAUGCUCAGUUGAUGAAAUACUUC